CUGGGGCAUUUGGUUUAAAGCUUCGCUUCACAUUGCCGUUUGUGUCAAGCUGGUACCUUGUGUCAAAGCCCUAUUGGUGCCAUGGAUGCUGCGCUUCCCCAGCCAGCAAUGGUAGUUCCGGUCAUUGACAUGGGGCUGCCCGAGGAAGAGGCUGCGGCCCUAGUGCGCACCGCAUGCACCGACUCGGGCUUCUUCUAUGUUCGCAACCACGGCGUGCCGCAGACGCUCAUCGACGCCACCUUCGAGCAGCAGCGGGCGCUGUUCAGCCAGCCGAUGGAGACCAAGAUGGCGCUGCUGCAGGACAGCAACAACAGAGGGUACACCCCCUUCAGGGAGGAGACGCUGGAUCCAGCGCGGCAGAAGCACGGGGACACGAAGGAGGGCUUCUACUUCGGGCGGGAGGUGCCUGCGGACAGUCCCGAGGCCUCCAAGCCGCUGCACGGACCCAACCAGUGGCCCGACCCCGCCCUGCUGCCCCACUAUCGCCAAGUGACCUGGCAGUACUAUGAGGCCCUCUACCAGCUGGCACUGCGUCUGCUGCCGCUGCUGGCGCUGUCUCUGGGCCUGCCGGCGGACUACUUCGCGCCCUUCUUUCAGCGACCCACGGUGGCGCUGCGGCCGCUGCACUACGCGGCGGAGGUUUCGGAGCCGGGAGCCGGCGUGUUCGGGGCGGGCGCUCACACGGACUACGGUAUGAUCACCAUCCUCGCCACCGAAGAGGUGCCUGGACUGCAGAUCUGGCUGCCCCACGAGCGGGGCCACAUGCGCGCGCAGCCCUGCGCGCCGGGCGCCCUGCGCGGCGAGGAGGGCGAGGGGGCGGGGUGCGGGCGGUGGUGGGACGUGCCGCCGCUGCCCGGGACGUUCGUGAUCAAUCUGGGGGACUUGCUGGAGAGGUGGACCAACGGCCACUACCGCUCCACUCUCCACCGCGUCAUCAACACCUCCGGCCGCGAGCGCUACUCCAUCGCCUUCUUCUUCGAACCCAA